UAAGAACACAGCGCACGAAGCAGCCACCGGAGGGCUUUGAAGCUAUUGAGCAGAUAUUGGAUGACUAUAGCCGCAAAAUGCGUGAUGUUGAAGCAGAAUCUAUCGAUGGCAAGCGUAAGAAUGAAACUUUAUGGCCAAUUAUGAGAAUAUCACAUACUAGAUCGAGGUAUAUCUACGAUCUCUACUACAAGCGCAAGCAAAUAUCGAAAGAACUCUACGAUUGGCUAUUAAAGCAGGGAUACGCCGAUGCGAACUUAAUCGCUAAAUGGAAGAAACAGGGAUACGAGAAGCUUUGCUGCACGCGUUGUAUCCAGAGUAGAGAUAUGAACUACGAAGGAUCUACGUGUAUUUGCAGAGUACCAAAAGCACACCUCAAAGAAGGACAAACGUUUGAAUGCGUUCAUUGCGGCUGCCGUGGCUGCAGUUCAGAGACUUAGAGAGCAUUGUAAAUUAUUAAAUAGCGAAAUUUAUUGUUUAUUAUUCUUCCCUUUCUACUAUCAAGACAUCAUUUCAUUGCAGAACGAAAAUGUCACGUCUGUCUCACAGUCGAACUUCGAUAAUAAGCGAGCAAAACAAUGGUCGUAUCAUAUUAGAAGGAUACUUACUCAAAAAGAAGCAGAAGAAGAUGCAAGGCUUUGCUAGACGUUACUUCAGAUUAUACUCUUCUGGCACUCUCACCUACGCAGUCACUGACACCGAUAACGUUAGAGAUCACGUUAAUUUACGCUCAAGUGUUUGGUUAUCACACAACAACAGGAGAACAGUCACGAUCGACGGCGGUACAUCAACUUGGCACAUAAAGUUUACUUCUGGCGAAGAAUAUGUCAAUUGGAUGAAAACAUUAAGAAUAUUCCUCGAUCCUACGCCUACAGCUGUACCUCUUGAAACUGUUGCCGAGAAUGCACAGCGUCCUCCAAUUGAGAAUAUAAACAAAUCAAUUAAAUUAAUUGAUUUAAUCGAAUUUGAUCUCACAAAUCUCAAAAACGGUCAAAAUCAAGUCCGUACUCCGCCAAGUUCUAGAUCACGCGAGCAAUUACACGCUUCAUCUAGUCAUCAAGGUGGUUUACUCAAUAUUUUCCACAAGUCACCAAAAUUGAACUCUUCUAGUGAUGAUCUAUUUGAUACCCAACCACAUAGGGCAUAUGACGCCAUAUUUGAACGUCUUCUCGAUUCAACUAACGAUUUGAAGAGAUUACAGCAGGAGCUGCAUAAUAUGCAUAACACUCAAGACUUUGAUACUGUCAAUUCGAGGACAUUCAAUAAUGCCUCGCGUUACGCUCCAUCGCGUACUUCCUCAGUUAACGAUUUCGAAUUCUAUGAUGCUCAGGAUACAUUUGGAGAGGCUUACGAAUUUGAAGAUCCAGAUGAAGAGGAUGAAGGCAAUGAUGAUGUCCACGAUGAUGAGGAAGAUGUUGAUAAGGAGGCUAUAUACGAUGGUGUUGAAUCUUCACAUGGUCCUCACGAUUCAAAGUAUGGUCUCAUGCAACUCCCACGGCGGCCACAACUUCCUGCUCCUAUCUCUGGUGAUGAGAUUGGCUUGCUAGGUGUACUGAAGAAAAACGUUGGAAAAGACCUUACAACGAUUUCCUUCCCUGUUAGUUUCAAUGAGCCGCUUUCAUUACUACAGAAAGUAGCCGAGGACUUCGAAUACGUCGACUUAAUCAAUAAAGCUAUACAAUCGAAGAGCAGUGUCGAAAAAAUGGCUUGUAUUGCUGCUUUCUGCGUGUCGAGCUACUCUUGCACUCAGUAUAGGUCCACUCGUAAACCAUUUAACCCACUCUUGGGUGAAACUUACGAGUAUAUCACACCACAAUUUGCCUUCUUUAGUGAGAAGGUUACACAUCACCCGCCUCUAGUAGCUGCAUAUGCUCAGGGUGAUGGAUGGUCAUUUGUUGCUACAUCAGGUGUUAAGCAGAAAUUCUGGGGUAAGAGUAUGGAAAUCAUUCCAAUCGGAACGGCGAAGUUAACUUUAAAGUCAACUGGUGAUGUUUACACAUGGCGCAAACCAAGCUCAUUUAUUAGAAACUUGGUUAUGUCAUCUCCAUAUUUGGAACACACAGGUGAUUUGGAUAUUAAGAACGAAACUACAGGUGAAACAUCAACAAUUGCUUUCAAGGAAGGUAGUUUCUUCGGUGGAGAAGCCUCUAGAGGUUUUGUUGAAGGAUUUAUUGAUGAUAAAGAUAAAAAGCGUAUCUGUAAAUUAAGUGGAAGGUGGUCACAGAAUUUUGUUAGACAUUUAUUAGACGAUGAUGGUAAAUCAACUGAUAGAUUCCAAAAAUUAUGGGAAUCAAACAAUCAAUUCCCACCGGAUUGCCAGGAUUAUUACGGAUUUUCUAAACAUGCUGUUAAACUUAAUGAAUUAGUUAAUGAAAAGGUUUUACCACCUACAGAUACGAGAUUUAGACCAGAUCAAAGAUCAUUAGAAGAAGGUGACGCUAACACUGCUGACAAUUACAAGAAUACUCUUGAACAAUCUCAAAGGGAACGUCGGAAUCAAAUUAAAGGCUACGAUCAAUCUAGAGUUAGAUGGUUCAAGAAAAUUAACAAUGAUGAAUGGGUACCUAUCAUCAAUGAAAAAACAAAUGAACCUGUUUACUUUGAAAAAAGAGCAAGAGUUUCAGAUAAUCAAGACAGCUGGUCUGAUAACGACAACAUUUUUAAAAUAAAUUAGAUUACUAUAUACAAUACUCAUAGUUUACUUAAAAUAUUAAAACAUGUAAUACACUAUAACU